AACAAUUCAAACAAGGUGUUGUUUAAGUAACGGUGUCUACAAAUCGUUUGACAGACCCCUCCCCCCAUUAAUCAAUAGCAUUUUAUUUAAUAAUAAAAACUUAUUUUACUUUUUUGUACAUAAAUUGAAUACAUAAUUCCUAUACGGAUAUGUUUUAAUUAAAGAGAAAUCGUUCAAAGAAAAUGAUAAAAUUGCAUGGUAAAUGGUUAUGUUGGUGAAACAACUCUGAACUCGUGUAUGAAGGAUGUUGUGUGUGAAGCCAGUUGUUAUGUAAAGUUUAGAGUAGUACCACGCAUUUUCGUAUAUUAUAAGAACCAGUGGAUAUAUAAUUCUAUUCGAUUAUGAGUUUAAAAGGCGACAACAGCGUUAGUCGCGAUGUGGACAAAUCCGAGAAGACACACAAGAUGACAUACAUCAUAUUCGUCUCGUUACUCCUGGAUUUGUUAGCUUUUACAAUGAUUCUGCCACUGUUUCCUUCCCUCAUGGAUCAUUAUAGGAGACACGAUGAUCCAAAUGGUCUGUAUGCCUACAUGUCAGAGAGCAUCAAACACUUCCAACAGCUUGUCGGUGCACCCAUAAAAUUCAACUCUGUCUUGUUUGGAGGACUCCUCGGUUCCAUGUUCUCUUUUCUUCAGUAUACAGUUUCGCCAAUUGUUGGAGGACUUUCAGAUGCAUAUGGAAGGAAACCUGUGCUUCUUAUUACUUUGAGUGGAAUAGCAUUAUCUUACUUAUUAUGGGCCCUUUCUCACAAUUUCACAAUAUUUGUGCUAGCAAGGGUGUUAGGUGGUUUGAGCAAAGGAAACAUUAGCCUUUCUAUGGCUGCUGUUGCUGAUGUGUCAACACCAGCUACAAGAGCAUCAGGAAUGGCACUCGUUGGCAUUGCAUUUUCUAUAGGUUUUGUCGUAGGCCCCAUGAUAGGGGCUGGUUUUGCUAAGUGGGCCUCAUCUCAGAUAUAUUCUCAAACUUGGUUCAUCAUACCGGCUCUCUCAGCAUUAACUCUGGCGACUCUCGACAUUUUAUUCGUCUUCUUAUUUUUUAAAGAGACUCUUCCUAAAGAGAAAAGAGCCAAAUCGGUAGUUCAAAGUCUGAGCCAGGCGGCAUCUUACAUAAAUAUGUUUUCUUUGUUUAACUUUUUACCUGUAUCAGGCUUAACAGAGCAAAAGAGAAAAGAACUGAGGAAUUUAGGGCUAAUAUAUUUUGUAUAUCUUUUUAUUUAUUCUGGACUUGAGUUUACAUUGACUUUUCUAACUCACAUUCAUUUUAAUUUCACUCCGAUGAAACAAGGUAUGAUGUUUUUUUGCAUCGGAUUGACAAUGGCUAUUUUACAAGGUGGAUGGGUCAGGAGGAUCAAACAGGAAAAUGUAAAGAGUACUGCGACAGUAGGCCUUAUGAUAAUUGUCCCAUCUUACAUUUUUGUCGGCCUGGCCACAUCGGAAAUUAUCUUGUACAUCGGAGUAUUCCUAUUUGCCGUGUCAACAUCCGUUGUGGUUCCUUGCAUGACCACUCUCGCUUCACAGUACGGUGAAGACAAACAAAAUGGUACUGUCAUAGGAGUUUUUAGAUCUUUGGGAGCAUUGGCCAGGGCUCUUGGACCAAUCAUCGCUUCUGUUGCAUACUGGAGUCUCGGCCCUAGGACAACGUAUUUAAUUGGAUCAGUCGGGCUUCUAUGGCCUUGUAUAUCUCUGAAAAGAUCAAGAAUUAAACAGGAUUAAAUCAUUAAUCAAUCAACAUUUAUUUAAAUCUCUUUGUAAAUAUUUAUAUAUAUAUAUAUAUCACAAAU